AAGUGUCGCGGGACUUGUUACCAAGCUUGUCCGGUUGUGUCUGUCCCAUCUCCGGCUCAUGUUUCACCCAGUCCCCGGCAGACUGUCACUAGGUUGUCGCCGCCGCUUUUUUCUUUACCUCGCAUUCCUGCUAUUACUCCCUACUGGCUGCAAAAGGGGCUGCAGCGUGACUAUCUCAUGGCCGCCUUGCUCAGACGUGGGCUCUUCCUGGCCUUGCCCCAUCUCACAGGGCAAGGCAGCAGCUCAGUCUGCCACCCUGCGGUGUCGGCCAUUCUGCUAGGAGCUGCUCGAACCAAGAAGACAUGGCCGGUGACCUUCUCUCAGGAGGAGAUGAAGAAACGUCUCACGCCCAAGCAGUAUCAUGUGACCCAGGAACGAGGAACAGAAAGUGCCUUCACAGGAGAAUUCACGGACCACAAGGAAGAUGGAACCUACAUGUGUGUAGUCUGCGGGGCAGCGUUGUUCAGUUCAAAAGCCAAAUUUGACUCCGGAUCAGGUUGGCCUUCCUUCUUUGACCUUGUGAAACAGGAUUCCAUCGAGGUGUCAGAUGAUUUCUCCUAUGGGAUGCACAGAGUGGAGACUACCUGUGGCAAGUGCGGAGCCCAUCUCGGCCACCUGUUCGAUGACGGUCCAAAGCCCACCGGGAAACGUUACUGCAUCAACUCGGCCUCGCUGGCUUUCCAGUCCAAAGAUGCGGAGGGGGCCUCCGGCUCCACCUCCACAGGUGCCGCCGCAGACUCGAUAUCUGAGGGAAGGACAGAACUUUAAGAACCCAGCAAGAAUCCUAUAUAGUGUGUGAGUCAGUGGUUGCAUAGACUUAUUAUAGUUGAAUCAAUUUGCAAUUUUGAGCUAAAGCAACACGCACAAAAAUCAUAUGUCAAAAUAAUACUGACCAAAACUAUUAAACUCAUGUUCACUAAUAGGAAAACGUACUCAAAGAUAGUUGCUGUCCUGUUUACACAGACACACAGCUGCUUAUUUUUUAAUACACUAGAGUCUAUUUUGAGUGCACAUUUGAUGCUUUUGGAUUGUGUUUGAUUUGGACACUAUUUUGUAUUUCUUCAUAAUGAAAAUUAUUUUUUGGCACAGCUUGAAGUGAUGAAUUGAUGAAUAAAACAGCACAAAAUAAUAU